CCUCCUCUGUGGCCGCAGGGCAUGUUAACCUUCGGCUACAUCCUGCUGCUGUCCUGGAUCGGGGAGAAGGUAGCCGGCAGUAUGCGGAAGCAGCUUUUCUCAUCCUUCCUCCGGGAAGAUAUAGCCUUCUUCGAUGCCAACCAGACGGGCCACCUGGUCAACCGCCUGACCGCCGACAUCCAGGAAUUCAAAUCUUCUUUCAAGCUGGUCAUCUCUCAGGGUCUGCGCAGUCUCACCCAGACGGUGGGCUGUUUCGUGUCCCUUUACCUGAUUUCUCCCAAGUUGACCGGGCUCCUUGUGGUGGUGAUGCCCUUCCUGGUGGGCAUCGGGACCUUUCUCGGCACCUCUCUUCGUAGGCUCUCCCGCAAAGCCCAAGAACAGGUAGGGAAAAAUAACCUGUGUGAACGAUACUAAUCACGUUUCCCCAUCAAAAAAUUAUGUUCGCCACAUACCCACCAUCUACUAAUCACGUUUCCCCAUCAAAAAAACUGGAUAUAUUAUGUUCGCCGCAUACCCACCAUCUACUAAUCAGGUUUCCCCAUUA